AUGUCCAGUAGUUUAGUUCGUUCUGUGCCCCCAUACGGUUCUCGUAACUUUCCAUGCCCGGGAUAUCCAGCUCCUCGUAACUCUAGUCCUCCAUCAGCAGAGCCGUCACUCCUCCAUCAGCAGGGCCGCCACUCCUCCACCAGCCAGGCCGCCACUCCUCCACCAGCCAGGCCGCCACUCCUCCACCAGCCAGGCCGCCACUCCUCCACCAGCCAGGCCGCCACUCCUCCAUCAGCCAGGCCGCCACUCCUCCAUCAGCCAGGCCGCCACUCCUCCAUCAGCCAGGCCGCCACUCCUCCAUCAGCCAGGCCGCCACUCCUCCAUCAGCCAGGCCGCCCCUCCUCCAUCAGCCAGGCCGCCACUCCUCCACCAGCCAGGCCGCCACUCCAUCAGCCAGGCCGCCACUCCAUCAGCCAGGCCGCCACUCCUCCAUCAGCCAGGCCGCCACUCCUCCAUCAGCCAGGCCGCCACUCCUCCAUCAGCCAGGCCGCCACUCCUCCAUCAGCCAGGCCGCCACUCCUCCAUCAGCCAGGCCGCCACUCCUCCAUCAGCCAGGCCGCCACUCCUCCAUCAGCCAGGCCGCCACUCCUCCAUCAGCCAGGCCGCCACUCCUCCAUCAGCCAGGCCGCCACUCCUCCAUCAGCCAGGCCGCCACUCCUCCAUCAGCCAGGCCGCCACUCCUCCAUCAGCAGGGCCGCCACUCCUCCAUCAGCAGGCCGCCACUCCUCCAUCAGCAAGGCCGCCACUCCUCCAUCAGCAAGGCCGCCACUCCUCCAUCAGCAAGGCCGCCACUCCUCCUCUUCCUACCCUCUGUAG